UAUUUCUGUACUACGGCUAAAGCUACAGUUUCCGUUCUGUAAUGUGGUUGUCUGGUACAGUUUCCUAGUAUGCAAAGUAUGUUUCUCUGUGCAGGGUGCGCGGGCUUCGGUGGUGCCAUUUAAAAGCAUUCUUGUGCAUUCUGCUGGUACAGCUUCCCUCUUUUCGACAAGGGAAGGUUCUAGCCUGAACAAUGACGGAUGGCAGCUACGCUGUUCAGCAUUUUGGCGUUUCGCCGAAAAGCAUUGUUGACUGUGUGUAUAACGUCUGGUUUGACUACACCGAAAAGUGCCUCGAUGCCCUCAAGGCUGCACUGCAGGACAAGGCAUCUGGCCACAUUGCACCUGAUGAGCUGGAAGCAUGGGUGGAUUCCGUCUUUCGAGAAAUGGUCCCUGAAUUCAACAAAAAUGCCGAAAAAUUGGAGGAGUACAUGAAGCGCAACAUCGUGCAUGUGCCGUCACACGUGCUGCUUCCUGAAGAUGGUGCACAUCGGCUGUCAGCUGAUGAGAGGAAAAUGAGCGUGUCCUUGCUUAGGGCGCAGUUUGGGUCACUGCGGAGGCAGAUUGUUCAGGAGACUGCACGCCAGCAGGCCCUUUUAGGCGAGGUGGCCCAACAAGAUGUGUUGCGGGAACAGCUGCGGUUCAAGCUGCAGAACAUUGAGGAGAUGGCGCAGCGAGUUGCUGAAGAGAACAACGCCACCACCGGAGUGCCAGCAGAUAGUGAUGCCUGUUUGCAUUUGGACACCUCAGAUGCAUUAGCGCUGUGUACAGAUCCUGAAGGUGUUCCAGGGGCUGGUGCGAAAGAGGAAGCUGCACAAAAGAUCUUGUAACUGUUGCGUGCUUGCGUGAUUACCAACCAACUGCAUCAUUAAAGCAGAGCUUUUGUUGCA